UCAAGAUGGCGUCGUUCGUACUUUUCAUAGUACUCUUCACACCGACGGCUUUAGCCCAGUUUUCUAUCCAGGGAUGCCCCAUGUGGGGAUGUAGCUCCCAGGGCACCUUCUCUAUAUUAAUGGACAAUCCCCCCAUGGAGAACGUAUCCGUGUUGUGGAAGAGGGACCCGAGCGGGGAGGGUAUGGAGCUCCCCCCGCCCCAAGGGUGUGCUUCCGACGGCGACAACGCAGUGUGCCUAGUACCCGGCACCACCUCAAAUGAGGUUGGGUUUGAGGCGUCCAGUGGCGACCUUAUGUUCACCGAUAAAGAGCUCCGUGACCCCACCGUGCCUGUGAUAGCGCUAGGAGGAGCGACUUUCUCCAUGGACAAGGGACACUUACAGUGCCGACUGCCAAACGGGACAGUGUGCGGGACCUCCAUACCACUCAAGGACUUCCCAGGAGUUUACAACUUGGUGGUUUCUGAAGACGGGUUUCUUCUUAUAACCGUGCCCAUCUGGGGACUUCUCGUGGUAUACCUUACCGCUGGUAUACCACACGCCUCUAUUUACCUGGACCAGACAGUUGCAGGAGUCAAUGGUACCUUCCUACCUGUAGCACAGCCUGUCAUCGACGGAAAGCGGGCGUACUUCCUCACCAAGUUUGGUCCCUCGCACUGGGAGAAACCGUCGCCAGAACCGUACCCACUAGAGUACCGUGUGUACCGUGUGGACCUGACUACCCAGAUGGCACCGCGGAUGGUCAUCCGAUGGUACUACCCCCUCGUACCGAACAGCCAGGGCCGCCUGGUGCCAAAGGAACCUGUCAUGGUCGACAACUCCAACUACAAUGGUGAUGUUAGUGGUGAUGGUACAGGUGAUAGUAGUGCUGAUGAUAUCUUAGCACGUACGAAGUGGGAAUGGGCACCUGAUAUUGGUGAUAAUGAGCAGGUAGAUCAUAGAAAGAUGUUUGGAAGUGAGUUCUUACGUAACAAGAAUAGAAAAAUGACUUCAAAGUUUGAGGGGCUGGAUGAGCAGAAUAAGGUUGACUCCUUCUGGAAUGACAUCACAAAGUUUUUGGAUCGUAGUGAUGGAACUGGUUUCGAAAGUAGCCAAAAGAGCGGCGGUCUCAAAGUCAAUGAAGCAGGUUAUACUCAGGAUAAACGAAGCCAAAAGCCACCCAAAAAUGACCCAUUUAAUAUCUACCGUAACCUCCUACUAGCAGACAACGGGCGCAUCUAUGUUAGCUUUAUAGCUAAAGACAUGGGAAACGAGCAGGCUAUACUACCACAGCUGUUUCUGUUUGAGGAAAGUCCCAAAGAAGGAGAGCCCCCAACUGUCAUCAAAUCCAUUUCGGAUUCUGUGGCAUCUCUUGCAAUGCGCCAGGAGAUAAAUUUCCAAAACUCCGAUGACACUAAAGACAAGCCCUCAAGCCCCCUUCCUGAUUCCGAAGAUAAACGAUACCUUUGGUCACUCAUGGGUCAAGAUGUGCUAGUUGCAUUGGACCCUGAGGAUCUGUCCUACGCACGAUUGGGAAAUCUGUCAGAAAUGAUUGGCACCAAGCUGAACGUGACGUCCAAGAUCAUGGUUUUGUGGUCGGGAGGCUCAACCUCGAAAGCCAAAGAAACUCUAGUAUUCGGCGUUACUUUCGAAACUCCUCCUAACUGGAAAACUUUGAAAACUGGCCAGAAACAUUCUUCAGGAAAGAAACAGACAGAGUCAGGUUCUUUGAAUUACGUUGUUGCAGUUGACGAGUAUCUGAACCUUUUGUGGAAGUUGGCUGUGCCGGAUGAUAGCCCAGUUGUUGGACAAAUGGCGGGCUACUCCGGUCCCUCUGACAAUGGUCUUGUCAUCGCUUCUACUGCAAAGGGAACUGUCUUUGCAAUUAAGGGCUGAUUGGCACUACAAGAAGUCAUUUUUCUUGAUUUAGGUCUAAGAAAAAGGGUGGCUAUAAUUGCUUGUUUUGCGUACAAGACGUAUCAUUACCCUAGCUCACCGUACGUUGCGGUUAAAGAAUCUAUCAAUUGUAAUAUACUUCUAAGGCAGUUUAGCUUUUAUCAAAGCCGAUGUAGCUCGUUAUGUAACCCUAUUAGCAAGCCGCCUGACAAAGUAGACGAUCAACUUU